UCUUAGCUAAAACAUCGAAUCUAAAACAAAGGGGUGGUUGACAAUAGCGGCGUCCACCCACCAGUAAAGCAAAUUAUCAUAAACUAUAAUUAACAACAACACACCCAAGGACUGUCGUUAACUGGUUACCUGUUGAGUCGCCUCUGUUCUGAGCUUUCUAGCGUUUACCAGGCUUUUUUAGCUUGCUAACUGACGCUAGCCGCGUUAGCUCCCAUACGAAUAUAUCAGUUAACAAAACAACACCCAGCAGCUGACCCCGCUGUAUCACCGACUGAGAGGAGGAUUGUGACAAUAAUAAGCUAUGGAGCAGUACACCACUGCCACCACUACUACUGGGGAGCAGAUAGUUGUGCAGACUGCCAAUGGACAGAUCCAGCAGCAGACACAGGGCACAGUGACAGCUGUGCAGCUGCAAACAGAGGCGCCAGUGGUGACGGCCUCAGGCCAGCAGGUGCAGACACUCCAGGUAGUCCAGGGGCAGCCUCUGAUGGUCCAGGUGAGCGGCGGGCAGCUCAUCACAUCAUCAGGGCAACCCAUCAUGGUGCAGGCCAUGUCAGGGGGACAGGGGCAAACCAUAAUGCAGGUCCCUGUGUCUGGAGCUCAGGGACUACAGCAGAUCCAGCUGGUGCAGCCGGGUCAGAUCCAGUUACAGGGCGGUCAGACUCUCCAGCUACAGGGCCAGCAGGGUCAGCCCCAGCAGAUCAUCAUCCAGCAGCCCCAGACAGCCAUCACUGCUGGACAGAACCAGGGGCAGCAGAUCAGCGUUCAGGGCCAGCAGGUGGCACAGACAGCUGACGGGCAGACCAUCGUCUACCAGCCUGUCAAUGCGGACGGAACCGUGCUGCAGCAGGGAAUGAUCACAAUUCCAGCUGCCAGCUUGGCCGGCGCCCAGAUUGUACAGGCAGGGGGUGCCAACACCAACACCACUAACAGCGGCCAAGGCACUGUGACCGUCACCCUGCCCGUCUCCGGUAACAUGGUCAAUGCAGGUGGAAUGGUCAUGGUAAGACCCUGUGCAGAGAUGGUGCCUGGAGGUGGUGGAGUUCCCACAAUGCAACGUAUCCCCCUGCCAGGGGCUGAGAUGCUCGAGGAGGAGCCGCUCUAUGUCAAUGCCAAACAGUACCAUCGUAUCCUGAAGCGAAGACAGGCCCGGGCCAAGCUGGAGGCUGAGGGCAAGAUCCCCAAGGAAAGGAGGAAAUACCUGCACGAGUCUCGCCACCGUCACGCCAUGCAGCGUAAGCGAGGAGAUGGAGGACGUUUCUUUUCCCCUAAGGACAAAGAGGAAAUGGCUUUGGCCCUGGCACAGCAGCAGCAGGAGGUAGCCCAGGCAGCAGCAGACGAGACGGUGGCUCAGAUGAUCCGAGUCUCGUAGCACUGUCGCCAAAAUCAUCAUCAUGUCUGUCAGUGAACUCUACCCUGCCUGAGACUCUUCACCCCAGCUAAACCAUCUGCCGCACCUUCUCCUCUGUCACCC